AUGCGUCUCCUUGACACAACAACAUUGCAACUGAAGGAGUUUGCAGACGAAAAUGAAGUAGAAUACAUCAUAUUGUCCCAUCGGUGGGAACAAGAUGAAGUAUCCCUGCAGCAACUUCCCUCGCUUGGUACUCGAAGUCGCAAGCAAGGCUACCUGAAAAUACGGGCUUGUUGUGCGGAAGCCGCCAGAAACGGCGUCCGCUAUGCCUGGAUCGACACCUGUUGCAUUGAUAAGACAAGCAGCGCCGAGCUGAAUGGUACCGCCAUGCAACCAGGUGCUAUGCGUAUCUAUCCGAUGUCGGGUCUGUCGAUGAUCUUGCGGGCAGUCUUUGGUUCACUCGGGGUUGGACUUUACAAGAGCUUCUGGUCAACACUUCUCAACCCCAACCAAUAUACUUAUCGACUAACUAUGGCUAUCCAGGCACCGCAUGCUGUAGAGUUUUACAAUCGACGGUGGGAAUUCAUUGGUUCAAAACACCUACUUUCAUCACGACUCUCCGGCAUUACGGGCGUUCCUCGUGAUGUCUUAUGGGGCGAUCGACCUCCCAGUGGCUGUCCUAUUGCUCAAAGGAUGAGUUGGGCGUCUAAACGCGUCACUACCCGCCCGGAAGAUCAAGCAUAUUCCCUCAUGGGGCUAUUCGAUGUCAAUAUGCCUUUACUGUACGGUGAGGGCAAGAAAGCAUUUCGGAGAUUGCAGGAAGAGAUACUGAAAAUCAGCCAAGAUCAUUCCAUAUUUAUAUGGAAGUGUACAGGCAAUGAUGGACCUCUGGAUAUGCUUGCCGGAUCACCAGCCGACUUUGCCGAUCGCCGCUAUGUCUCGCCAAGAUAUAGCGGUUCAGAACAAUAUCUAAUGACAAAUGCCGGCUUGUCGAUAACCCUUCCGAUGCUACCAUGGAACAUGAAUACUUAUCUUGCGAUCCUCGGAUGUAAUCAUCAAAGGGGAGUGCGGGCAAGAGCCGAUGGGUAUUGUUCAGCGAUAUUCCUCCAGCGGACGAAAAACCCAAGACUGCUCAUCCGUGUAGCUCUCUCAGGUCAAGAGAUAUGUACUGUCAAGCGGAGGGCUGUUUCUCAGAUAAUAAGGAUGCAACAGGUACUAAUUCUCUCACCACGAGUACCAGCUUUCCCUGACAGCGAUUUCGUCUACGGACAGCCCGCGUAUGGCUUUGUCUUCCUGUCCAGUAUGUCCAGCCAUCUAAUUGACAUCGGUCCAAAGGGGCUACCAGGCGUUGAAAUUGGCAGUAGGAACCCUCCUGAACCGUAUCAGACUUCACUACAGGAUAAGCCUGCAUGGAAGGUCAAGUUACUUCCUGGUCAGCACGGUACGGUAGCGUGGUUUGACUUCGCCAAAACCGAAAAACCACCUGGCAAGAUACGUCUGGUCAAGUUCGGCUUCGAUUUUGAAUUCAAUCCCGUCUGUAUGAUCUGGACGCAUGAUCACCUUUCGAGGAAUAGCUGGGUAGAUCAGCAAGGGCGUGCUCUCGAAAGCAGCACACUCGACUCAAACGAAUGGAUCGAGAAGGAUGUUGCAUCGCAUGGUAUUGAUGUGUCAUCCGGAUAUACAGAGGUUGGAGGAGAAUUGAGGCCAUAUUACGCUCUUCGAGGCGACAACUCUAGUGGGAUAUCUGUGGGAAUUCAAGCGCUGGAACUCACUAUUGACAUCGCCACAGGCCGGGGUGAUCGUGACCCAGAGUGGUUUGUGACAAUGGAAGAUACAUUUGACUUUGAAGCGCAGGACAAAUCGGAAUUUUAUCGCCGAGAUCGUCGGUUCGGCUGGCGGUCAAAGAAAGACGUGAUAGUAGAAGAAAGAGUCGAAGGAGACGUCGACACCGCUUUAUAG